AGUAAUGCUAGUAAAAGUGAGACUAACAUAAACAGGAAGUACUUCAGUGCAAAUGUGGAUGAAUCCCAUUGUAGCCUGCUGAUAGUGUGAACUGACAAAGCUGAUAAUCGUCAAAUAAAUGUAUUUAAUUAGAUAUAGCUAUUUUUGUUUUGACAGCUAUCAGUAGUACCUACAAUGUAUUUUAGUAGAGGCAUGCUCAGGGAAGAUUUAACAAAACUGAAUUGCUUUUUCAUCACCAACUUAAAAUAUCUAUUCAAUUUUUUAUCUCUGUUGUUUCAAUUUCAUUCUUUUUGUUUUAAGAAUAAUUUUCUUUGUCAUGCUAUUCUUAAUUAACAUCUCAUUAAUAUCCCAAAUGCAACUAUACACAGAACACAUAUAUUGAUAACCAUGCUGUUUAUAUUUUUUUAUUUUCUUUGCCUGUAUUUACUAUAAACAUGCUGCGACAAGUGUUACAACAGAGCAUUAACUUUAUCUAAUUAAAUAUGCAUGUAGCCAUCAAGUAUUUGAGUUUUCAAACAUAUUGAGUACUAUUGAGUUUGCGAUAUUAGAGGCUUUUAUUUAGAAUGUUUUGACCGGAAGUGCUUCUGAGCGGUGCCUAACUUGAUUUCCUGAGAACGACAGAGAGAGCGAGAGAGAGAGAGAGCGCGAGCGAGCGAGAAGAACAGGUUUGAACGGAGACUGACGCCGUGUCGGGCAGACCGAAGACUGGAGCGGACCCGUUGCUGCGGGAGUACGGCUCGUUUUUUUGUGGAUUUCAACCGAAGGAGCCGAGGUUGUCAUUACAUUCUAGGUUUUUUUGUCUUCACAUUCUUGUAUCAACGCGGAGGGAAGCCGGAGGAAAGGAACUGUGGAAUUCGGCUGGAAGAAGCUGCUUUUAGCCUGCAAAGAAACGCCAACAAAGAGCCUUCAAGGAAGUAGGCUGCAGCUCGGUGAGGUAACGUGAGUUAGUUAAGUAACAAAUAGAAAGUAGGCUACGGCGGACACGGUCUCCACCAUGGUGCACUACAGACUCCUCCGCGCGGGUUUGACUUUACUGUUCUCCAUUCUGUUUCUAAACGUCAACGGGCAGUACGGCGGCGGGGACCGAGGCAUGUCCAUACCGGAGCACGGGUUCUGCCAGCCGAUUUCCAUUCCGCUGUGUACGGACAUCGCGUACAACGAGACCAUAAUGCCGAACCUGCUCGGUCACACCAACCAGGAGGACGCGGGGCUGGAGGUCCACCAGUUCUACCCGCUGGUCAAAGUGCAGUGCUCCCCGGAUCUAAAGUUCUUCCUCUGCUCCAUGUACGCGCCCGUGUGCACGGUGCUGGAGCAGGCGCUGCCCCCGUGCCGCUCUCUGUGCGAGCGCGCGCGGCAGGGCUGCGAGGCGCUCAUGAACAAGUUUGGUUUCCAGUGGCCCGACAGCCUCGCGUGCGAGACCUUCCCGGUUCACGGCGCCGGGGAGCUGUGCGUCGGGCAAAACAUGUCGGACCGGGCCGAACCAGACGGCCCUGGUCCCGGCCAAGACCCCACCGUGCGCACCGACCACACGAACGGUCAGUUCCGGUGCCCGCCCUCGCUCCGGGUGCCCCCAUACCUGAACUAUCGCUUCGUCGGGCUGGAGAACUGCGGUGCUCCCUGCGAGCCCCAGAGAUCUCACGGGAUGAUGUACUUCAGCGAAGAGGAGCUGAAAUUCGCGCGGAUAUGGAUUGGCAUCUGGUCGGUGUUGUGCUGUGCUUCCACGUUAUUCACCGUGCUGACCUACCUGGUGGACAUGAAGCGCUUCAGCUACCCAGAGCGGCCUAUCGUCUUCCUCUCUGGCUGCUACACCAUGGUGUCCAUCGCCUACAUCGCUGGCUUUCUGCUGGAGGACAAGGUGGUUUGUAAUGACAGGUUCGACAACGACAUGAGGACUGUGGUGCAGGGCACUAAGAAGGAGGGCUGCACCAUCCUCUUCAUGAUGCUGUACUUCUUCAGCAUGGCCAGCUCCAUCUGGUGGGUCAUCCUGGCUCUCACCUGGUUCCUGGCGGCGGGGAUGAAGUGGGGCCACGAGGCCAUCGAGGCUAACUCUCAGUACUUCCACCUGGCGGCCUGGGCCGUGCCUGCCAUUAAGACCAUCACCAUCCUGGCCGUGGGGCAGGUGGACGGAGACGUGCUGAGCGGGGUUUGCUUCGUGGGCAUCAACAGCGUGGAUGCGCUCCGGGGCUUCGUCCUGGCGCCGCUGUUCGUCUACCUAUUCAUCGGAACCUCCUUCCUCCUGGCGGGCUUUGUGUCCCUGUUUCGCAUCCGCACCAUCAUGAAGCACGACGGCACCAAGACGGAGAAGCUGGAGAAGCUGAUGGUGCGGAUAGGGAUCUUCAGCGUGCUGUACACCGUGCCGGCCACCAUCGUUAUCGCCUGCUACUUCUACGAGCAGGCCUUCCGGGAGCAGUGGGAGAGGACGUGGAUCGGCCAGACGUGCAAGACGUACGCCGUGCCGUGUCCCGUCCAGAGCCACCCCAACAUGAGUCCCGACUUCACCGUCUUCAUGAUAAAGUAUCUCAUGACGCUGAUCGUGGGCAUCACCUCCGGCUUCUGGAUCUGGUCUGGGAAGACCCUGAACUCAUGGCGGAGGUUUUACACGAGACUGGCCAACAGUAAACAGGGCGAGACCACGGUGUGAUGUGGUCUGACCCCGUCCCUCACGCAGACUGCUUAGUGACAAAUUGAAUGAUAAUCCACUUCAUUAUUUUCUUGUGAUUUUUCUCGGACUUACAGAAUAUACUUGGUAUGUUUUUUAAUGUACAUAUACAUUUGUGAGAUUUUUGUAAGUAUAUAUUUGUAUUUAAAGAUUUUUAAAAAACUUUUUUUUUUUUUUUUUUUGUAAAAACACCUUUUUUCAUACUUUGGACAUAAUGGAAUUGUACUGACAAAGAGCCAGUUGACCAUCAAUGAUGCCGCGGUCCCAUGACCUGACUUACUGUGAACACCGCUGGGAGUAUUUCACAUGGAGCUUGUGUCUUUGAUCAGUGGACUGCCUGUGAGUGCCGGGUCUAUUCUGAGCAGAGUCCCGUGAAACCCAAGUGCUUCCUCGUGGCUCCCCGUUAUCCCCAUUAACCCGCUGUAGUUUGUGUAGUCGUUCUGAAGGGAAAUGUCAGCAGUACGGGACGAGAAUCGGUGUGCAGGUUGAACAUGUGAGUGGUUGUGACAGAUGCUUGUGGUCUGGAGCUCGCGCUCCCGACAGUUCUAUCAUUCCUUUCCAAAUAAAGCACACGUUGUUAUGCCAGGUUAAAGGACCACGCCGGUGUUUUUGCAUGUUGUAGUUUUGACUUGUGUGUAUUUUUACAAUAGGAGCUCCUCUCAGGCAAUACUUUUAAUUCUGUCUUUCUUUUUGUUGAGCUGCAGUUGGUAAAUGUUCUUACAUACACUUUAAAAUUGGGUAAUUCUGCAUAGUUACCAACAUGACUGCUUAAAGGGACAGUUCUCCCCAAAACAUUUUAUCAGCUGUAGAGAUGUUGCCAAUAUAAAAUGGUCAAUAUCUCCAACACUCAGCAACUCACACCAAAACAAUUGAUUCCCGGCACAAUAUGAGAACAAUUACACACCUCUGACCUGAAUGAAAGCAGAUAAGAGUUCACUGAUAAAUUCACCUGGUGGGAAGGAAAACACAUACAAACAUACGAAGCGGUUUUGGUGUUAAAUGAGUAUAUGAACUACAAGGGUCUAAAAUGUGCUCAAAUACCGGUGUGUUGCUUUCCAACAGUGAUUCAGAGCAGCAUGAGUAUGCACUUGUGUUCAGUGAACUUGGAAUGAAACAACACGCCUGCAGAGGGAAUGUGAGUUAUUCAAACACACGGCAGGAAGACACAAUCAAGUGUGUGUUAAAGCACACUGUGAACCAUGUUUUCUGCACACAGGGCCAUCUCAGAUCAUUGGACACCCUUUGGACUUGUUUAUUACCACCACUGUUUAUUUAGCUACCCAAUAAUCUCCCCUUUUCUAUUACACAAAAGCAAUAAGAACAUCUGAUUUAUUUUGUCCUCCAUAAGAUGUUUGAAAGAAAAUGAACCACAAACUAUUGAUUGUUGAUUAAUCAUUUCAGUCAUUUUGUCUGUUUUCUGACAUUUAAAAAAAAUUGUUAAUUGUUUAAAUAAUCCUCACACUAAUUAAUAAUGAAAAUAGCCAGAUUGUUUGUGUGAGAUAAAAGGUGUCAGUGAGAAGUAUCUGCUCCAACCUUCACAUCUUUCACUGCUCAGAUCUUCAUGUUUACCUGCAGUUAUUUUAACACGAUUCAGAGCUGUUGUCAUUUUGACUUUUAAUGCCAGCAAAAGCAAAGUUCAGCAGGAUUUGAAUGCAUUUCAGGACGUAGUAUGGGAAUGUGAGGCUUAUAGACGGCUUCGGUGUCGAGGUAGUCCUGGUUUUAAAGAGUAUCAAGGAUCAUAUACCUUUGUUAAGAGAACGCAAGAGUCUGAGUUGAGGUGAUGUCAGAUACUGAACAGUGAAUGCACCCGCAUGUGUUAUAUUCUGGUUAUAUUUCUUUAAAAGCCUGAUGGCACAAGGGAUAUAAGUUUGAACACUUUUUUAUAAUGACUGCAGCAUUUAGAGAAUAAACCCUGUAGAAUAACACAUUGUUCAAAAGCUUAAAGGAUGUCCAAACCUCAACACGGCACUGUAAACACGCUUAUAUCUGCAGUUGAUAGAGGUUGAUUGAUCAUGCACAUAUCAUAAAUGUUUGUAACAAAGCCUAUUUUUGAUUCACUUGUACGGGCACAUUUAAAAAAACAAUAUUUUAACUUUUUUUGAACCCGGAGAUUGAAUAUGUCAGUUAUUGUUGUUGAGAGGAGACCUGGGGUUGCUCCUGCAGAGUAAUGUGAUGGCGGUGGGAUUGAGAGCAGCCGGCAGCUCGCAUGUCUUCUCCCUGCAGGAGAAAGGAGGCCUUGUGAGGAGGCGCUGAGUGGCUGCUGUCAGUGCAGCUCGCCUCACGCAUACAUCAGGACUUUCUUGUUCUUGUCAAAUGCUCCUCCACACCGCGCUUCCGGUUCAUAAUAAUCCUUUCAUUGUGCUGACAGCUCUACAAUAGUCGCAGCUUUGAAGUAAUUUCCUUUUGCAUUUGCUAUGAAGAGAACCUUUAUAUUUAUAGAAAAAAAAGUCGUAUAUAGACACUACAUUAAUUGCUUUAUGAGAAUAAAAAAACAUCUCACCAUU